UUGUUGUUAACUUCAAAGGCUCCCCCAGGAUUUUGGUGUCUUAUUGUCAGCCUUUCUCAACUCUCAAAUACUCUCCCCCAGUUUCAGUGCCAUGGUUGUUCCAGUGUAUAUUCCAUCCAAUUCACUAGUGUUCCAUUGUCUCGUUUCCCUCUACAAGCAACAUGCCCCACUAGCAUAACCCUUCCAAAGACUUUUAUUUCAGAGUGUUUCAUGUGA